AUGUCACCUCACUCUCUUCAAUUGGACAAGCUGUUACUGUUUGGUGAUUCCAUCACUGAGUUCGCCUACGACCUGCUGCCUCAGGACUCGACGGCCACACAGUUUGCGUUUGGGCCAGCGUUGCAGAACAGCUAUACGAGAAGGCUGGACGUUGUUCAGAGAGGGUUUUCCGGAUACAACUCGAAAUGGGCGUUGAAGCUGCUGCCAAAGAUCCUGGAGUAUGAAGAUACUCCAGGUACAAAGGUUCAAUUGGCGACGGUGUUCUUUGGAACGAACGACGCCGUGUUUGAAGGGAUGCAGAAGGUCCCACUGGACGACUACAUCGCCAACAUGAGACAGAUCAUCCAACUGUUGAAGGAGAGGGACAUUAGGGUCGUUGUGAUUGGACUGGCCAAGCACGACGCUGACAAUUGGAACCCGAGAAAGCCUCAAGACGUCGAGCAAGGUGUUCUCAGAAGCAACGAACGUAGCUGUGAGUACAACAAGGCUCUUGAGGAAUUGACCGUCGAAUUGGACGUUGCCUUCGUGAACUUGUACAAGGCAUUCGACAACUACUCGGGAGACUGGAGAGACUUACUCAUAGAUGGUGUCCAUUUCACAGGUGAGGGCUAUAAGAUCAUGUACGCCGAGGUGCUGGACUCGAUUCGCUCCAAGUACCCAGAAUGGGCCCCAGAAAGCGUGCCUUAUAGAUUACCGUACUGGAGAGAUUUCGAGCUACAGCAGUUUGAAUCCAAGUUAGGUGAAUGGUUGAACUAA